AUGCCGGCCGCUGCGCCGUCGAGCGAGCAGAUCGACGCCUUCUUCCAGAUGCUCGAACAGGCAGCGCCCUUCCCAGAGGCCGAGCUCGCCGCCCUCGCGCCACCAGCCGUCGUCGAGAAGUGGAAGAGCAUCGGGGCAACGCAGAGCGCCCCCUGGAUAUGGGCCACGGUGCGUGAGCUCUCCCUCGUGAGCUUCCUGGCGCCCAACGCUCGCUUCACUCCGUUGGCGAGCUUCUUCGCGUUCUCGCUGAGCUGGAUGUUAUUGCUGCGCCCCGGCGCGCGCCGCACGCCCAACCUCUGGCUGCACCACUACCUGCGCUUGCAAGCGUUGCCGAAUCCAGCGGCCAAGGCAGCGCUGAAGGAACGCUUGCAGAAGCUGCGCGACGUCUCCUUCCGGGUUGGCACCGGCCCGUUGGAGGGCAUCGGCUUGAAAAUGUAUUCCGACGCGUGCUGCGCGGCUGCCGGCAGCUUCCUCGCGGAGGGCUCGCAGUUCCUGCAAUGGCUUCAGCAGGAACUCGGACUCAACAAAGCCAUUGCGACGCAGCUCUGGGAGCGCAUGGCGUGGCAGCGCGAUGUUGUGAACGCGACGCGCUCCUUCGAGAUGACCCACCCGUUCCUGGGAGUGCUCGGAGCGAUUCAUGUAGAGGACGUUUGGCACUUGUUCUCCCAGCCUGACCCGCUCGGCGCGCGCGGGCGCAUCGGCUUCGCAUACACCCGCCCCAGCAUGAAAAGGGCACGUGAGAUCCACGAUGCAAACGCUGAGCUCCAGAACGAGAAAGGCACCGACAAAUUGGAGGAGCGCAUCGUGAACAAGUUCUUCGCCGUCUACAAGGCCCGCGCCAUCGAGCACGUCGGCGAGGGCUCUUUCACGCAUCAUUUGGGCUACCCAUUCCGGAACAACGACUUCCCCAGCACGGGCGGCGGUCAGGCUGAGACCGGGUUCUUCGACGUGUUCGACGCGCACGCGCAGCAGCAAGAGGACGCGCACCUGGUGCAGCACGAGGAGGCGAAGAAGCACGGGAAGCUGAAGGGCCUGCACCUGCGCCACGCCCUCAACUGGGCCAACGCGAUGAAUGCUCGGGGGGACGUGGCGUCCGACGCGUGGAACACAGCCAUCGACCUCAACGCGCUCAAGGCAGCCCAGUUGAUCGGGGAUUUCUCCGAGAAGCUUGCCGACGAGAUGUCCAACGUGGCGCGCGAUGCCCCAGCCGGUGGGGGGGGCUCGGUCCCGGGCCGCGGGCAUGCCGAAAAGAUCCGCGUCACUUUAUCGCUCUCGCUGUCCGCGCUGCGCCGGGAGAUCCCCGUGGGCCAGCGCGCCUUCACCAAGGCCCUUGUCAUCGCCAUGCUGAAGAUGCAGACUAUCUGGCUAGAGUCGACGAACCUGAAGGCGCACAGCGAGAUCCGUGAUAACUUGCCCGCCGCCAGCAAUGACGAGAAGUUAACCGCCGUCUGGCGGUGCAUGGCGCUCGUGAAAGCGCUGCAGCUCGGGCGCGCCGCCAUGUCCACGAACCCGCACGGCGCCAAGAAGAUGCACCUCGUGAAGCGCUCCGUCAUCGCCUCCGACGCGCACCGCCAGGAAUUCGAGGCCGCGCUGAACGCUUUGGGUAUGGAGCCCGGCCAGUACGCCGCGCCGACGGCGGAGGUCGCGGACGCGAGCCGCCCGCAGACGGCCCCCGCUCUGGUGCGCAGCGCUUGGGCCUCGGAGGCAGCGCAGGAGGCGGUGACCACUCUCCAGCAGUGGUAG